AUGUAUUUAUCAUCCGAAAAGCCUCGUCCAAUCGAUUUCUACAAAGAAGAAUCCCGCGACAUGAUGAUGGAAGUAGUAACCGCCACCGAUCUCCAAGCACCGCAGCUCCACCUCCACCAACAACAACCGCAAAUGAUUCUCGCCGCAGAGAGCAGCGGCGAAGACCCGGAGAUGGAGAUCAAAGCCCCCAAGAAACGGGCUGAGACUUGGGUACAAGACGAGACGCGAAGUCUCAUUGGUCUACGACGCGAGAUGGAUUCGCUUUUCAACACUUCGAAGUCGAAUAAGCAUCUUUGGGAACAGAUUUCGGCCAAGAUGAGGGAAAAGGGUUUCGAUCGGUCGCCGACUAUGUGUACUGAUAAAUGGAGGAAUCUUUUGAAGGAGUUUAAGAAAGCUAAGCAUCAUGAUAGAGGGGGGAGUGGCUCUGGGAAAAUGUCUUGUUAUAAAGAGAUUGAUGAGAUUUUGAGGGAUAGGAAUAAGUGUACUCAGUAUAAGAGUCCUACUCCUACUUCUAAAGUUGAAGCUUCUUACAUGCAGUUUUCUGAUAAAGGUAUUGAUGAUGCCAACAUUUCUUUUGGGCCUGUUGAAGCUUCUGGGAGACCAACACUCAAUCUUGAGAGAAGUUUGGAUCAUGAUGGACACCCUCUUGCCAUUGCUGCAGCUGAUGUUGCAGCAAGUGGAGUCCCUCCUUGGAAUUGGAGAGAAACUCCCGGAAAUGGUGGGGAAAGUCAGUCUUGUUGUGGAAGGGUUAUAUCAGUCAAAUGGGGUGAUUAUACAAGACGGAUAGGUAUUGAUGGCACUCCAGAAGCCAUCAAGGAGGCAAUUAGGGCCGCUUUUAGGUUGAGAACUAAACGUGCAUUUUGGUUGGAGGAUGAGGAACAGAUUAUCAGAAGUAUUGACCGUGAUAUGCCUAUAGGAAAUUACACUCUUCACCUUGAUGAAGGGAUGGCCAUUAAAGUAUGUCUAUAUGACGAGUCUGACCAUAUCCCUGUGCAUACUGAAGAGAAGAUAUUUUAUACAGAAGAUGAUUACCGUGAUUUUCUGGCACGCCGUGCUUGGACAUGCCUUAGAGAAUUUGACGGUUAUAGAAAUAUUGACAACAUGGAUGAUCUUCGACCUGGUGCCAUAUACCGAGGUGUGAGUUGA